ACGGCCACGUGCACGAUCCGUGCAGUGUGCAUGCAGCAGUGGUCUUUCUCGCACCGCUGGCAGACGAGCAGUCUUUGUCCAUUCUCGGCAGCCGUAGGAAGACGUAAGCGCUGCUGCUCCUGCAGCAAUCAGCUGACGGGACACCCUAGGCCCUACUGUACUUGCGGGCACAGGAGAUGCGGAGUGUCACCGCUCUUUCAUAUGUGUUUAGCAACGCGAGGACGAGUGGGUUGCACUAUAAGUAUAAGUAUAACCGGUCACAUCGAGGCGGACACAUAAAUCUACCUCGGUCUCGCAUGUGUAGGAGACUGCAUACGUUCGAUCUCCAACGAUGAACGUCACCGCUAGGACGAUGCCCGCGCUGCUGGCAGCUUCGUGUCCGGUCAGGACGGCGCUCGCUGCCACCAACCUGUCGUCACGAUCGUUCACAAUAAGCCUGCAGGAGCAGCCGGUAGUACGCCCUGUGUCUUCAUUCUACAACCACGCUGCCGUCGACAUAGCGGCGUCGAAGCCGUCCGUCCGUCUAACACCGUCGGCCAUGCUGUAUUCAGGGAAAAGUGCCGAUGGUAGUCAUUUGCUGAGAAGUGCACAAUAUUUACAUAAGGAACUGCCAGUGAGAAUUGCUCAUAGAAUCAAUGGAUUCCGUGGUCUUCCGUUCAUUGUCGGCUGUAACCCAAACAUUCUUCAGGUGCACGAAAUGUACAUUAGAGCAUUCCAACUACUUUCUCAGUUCCCACCGGUCAAAGAUUUCGUUGAUGAACAGAAGUUUACAAACCUCAUCACGGAGCUGUUGGAUGACCACAGAGACGUCGUUACCAUGCUCGCCGUGGGCUUCCGAGAGUGCAGGAAACACAUACAGGAUGAGGAAAUGGUCCGCAUGUUUCUCGAUCGAACGCUGACGUCGCGUCUUGGCAUCCGCAUAAUAGCCGAGCAUCAUCUGCUGCUGCAUGAAAACAAGCCUGGAAACGUUGGCAUCAUCACGGUCAACAUGAACUUGAAGAAAGUCAUUGAGAGCUGGGCUGACUUUGCAUCAAACGUAUGUCAGCAUCGUUAUGGAAAGGUGCCAGAGGUUAAGCUAAACGGACAUCUCAACGCAUCUUUUCCCUACAUCCAGCAGCCACUAGACUACAUCCUUCCAGAGCUGCUCAAGAAUUCUAUGAGAUCGUCGAUAGAGAAGAACGACAUGAAUAAUGUCCAUCCUAUCACAGUCACCAUUGCUAGCAAUGAAGUGGACUUUAUUAUGAGGUUUUCGGAUCGAGGCGGUGGCAUUCCUCACCAGAACUUGGACAAGGUGAUGGAGUACCACUUCACAACAGCAGCCAAAGAAGACCAGGCGGACAGCGGUAAUGGGCUGUCGACGUUUCUCGAGGUCUGCAAUCCGGAUCCCCAUGGCGGGCCCAUGUAUGGGUAUGGAUUUGGGCUUCCCACGUCCAGAGCUUACGCUGGCUACUUGGGCGGUUCCCUGGAGAUCCAAUCGAUGCAGGGAAUCGGCACUGAUGUCUACUUGAGACUGCGACAUAUCGACGCCAAACACGAGAGCUUUAGGAUAUGAGUCCGCGACUACUCGAUUGCACUUAGAAAUCGCUCUUCUAACGCCUCGCGUAAACGGAGGAUUUCACGAAUUCGGAAGAAUCUCGAAAUCGGUAGAAUCUCCCGGUGUUAAUCGCGUAAGAUUUGUUUGACUUUUGCAGAAUCUCCCCAUGUUUCAUAAGCGUUCUGCGAUGAUGUUCGUAUCGGGUGACGUGUGUUCGAGAAGAACCGGAUGUUCGUUUUCGCACGAGGCCGUGUCGCGAGACUACGUCGUUUACCGGUCGAGUCGUAUUUCAGCGUGCAUUUAACAAAGAGGAAUCUCGGCUACGAAGUGCGCGGUGGGUACAUUUUAUCGUUAUCGGCCCGUGCUUGCGUUGUAAUCAAACGCUAACGUACAAACGAAACGAAUAAUUCAGCUUUUUUUAUGGUAGAUUGUGACUUGAAAAUACAGUGAAUACCUCAUUUUCAUGGAGGACAUAUCUUGUAGGCUUCGAGUGUGGACAUUCAGGCUGUUACAGCCAUGGAUGUCAUCAAUGAACUCGUCCUAUACUGCAGAAAUUGCUUAGUGUGUUUUAGUCAGUCAUCAUUUAUUUAUUUUUUGUUUUUACAGUCUAUCAAACCUUGAUUGCAGUGUACAUAAUAGUAGCAGUUUAUAGAUUUUUGGUGGGCUCUACCAUUAUAGCAGGAGUCUAUCAAUAUUGAUAGACUCAUGUUAUAGUUGUUAUCGCUGUUGUUUAUGUACCUCGGAUGUUAUUUUCUGAUGACUCUGUCGUUGAGAUUAAAACUAUGAAUCCGUGUAUAUAUGGUGCUUUCAGAGACCAUUUCUGCGCGAAGUAUAAAUAUUGCGAAGAGAAGUGGAAUUAGUUUUAUAUUAUACACUCCUUAUAAUAUGUCCAUUAGUUUUGGCGUACUUAUUUUGCAUUUUCUAGGCGAAGGUGAUUCUUUAUAGUGCAGUCGGUACUGUCAUGCUCUCGUAUGUUGAUAGAUGGUGCUGUGUUCGGCAGGUGCAGUUGGAUGGUAUCAUACAUGAUUGCUGAAGCUUCCGUAAUGAAGUGAAAUACCCAGUGACACGAUUCAUAUUGUAACGUUACCAGAUCUUACUCGUCUAAUAUUUAGGCGAUAUUAAACCUGGUGAAAAUAAUUGUGUAGCAGGGGAGGAGGGAACUAGAAAAAAAAGAAAAAAAAAGAAAUAUUCAACAGUUCAAAACGACCCAUGCUUGUGUAGCGGUCUGUGUGAACGUAGUCGUUGAAGUGUUUGUCGGUACGAUGGCGGUGUCACGAUGAUCUCAUUUCAUACCGGUAAUAAAUGUUCGAUUGGCUUAUAUUUUAUGUGUUACCAAGUACCUGGCACAGCCAGCGUGUUGCAGUACUCGUUACUGCGUCUUGUACUUGUCGUGAUACAUGAUAGUGUUCCAAAAUAUAUCGGUAAAACACUUGGCUGGAUGUCCUUUUUAGGAUGUCCGAGUCGAAAUCGCUUGCCAAAUGAGAUGGGCUGUGUUCUUUGUGUGUAAAACUCGCGUUCGGGGGUUGUCGUGUAGGUCUGUACAGGUCCGUUAAACGUGUCUAUGAACUAAAAAUGAUGAGUAAAUAUGUAAAAAGGCUAUAAGGCGCGAACGUCUAGUUGAAAAUAUCAGAGAGGCACUUAGUGGUAAAUGCAGAUACCAUUUAUCCAAAUAGUGACUGUGUUUAUCAUUGAAAGAUUUUGUCUAUAAAGUCGUGAAAUUUAUUACCUGAA